CUGCCCAUCUGGGUCUGCCAACAGGAGCCUGCCUUCGUUUCCUUUGACAGGAGGAGCAGGCGGAGACUCCAGCUGCCGAGGAGGACUGUUCCCGGGUCGAGUGGCUUCUACCCCCUGGCUAUGGUGCGGUCUGGACGGAGCCUCGGCCUCCUCAGGUGAGGAGGAAAAUCCUCCCCCCACCCCCAGCUGCAGAAGAAGCCUUCUCUACCUCCAGGAUCUCAUCAAGGCAGCAAUAACAAGCACAACAUAAACAGCCACCAUGGUGGAUUACUAUGAUGCCUUGGGGGUGCCCCGCAACGCCUCUCCAGAUGACAUUAAAAAAGCGUACAGGAAGAAAGCUCUGAAGUGGCACCCGGAUAAAAACCCAGAUAACAAAGAAUUUGCUGAGCAGAAGUUCAAGGAGAUAGCAGAGGCCUAUGAAGUUCUGUCGGACAAGAACAAGCGUGAAGUCUAUGACCGUUAUGGCAAAGAAGGACUCAUGGGUGCAGGUGGAUCCAGUGGGCCCAGGGCUGGUCCAGGGAUGCCUGAAUACACCUUCACUUUCCGCAGUGCUCGUGAUGUCUUCAGGGACUUCUUUGGGGGUCAGGACCCCUUUGCUGACUUCCUUGCUGAUGAUUUGUCCCCAUUCUCAGACCUGCGUGGAACUGGACCUCGACAUCCUGGAGCUGGAACAUUCUUUUCAUCCUUUGCAGCAGCACCAGAAUUCUUUACCCCUGGGCUUGGGCCGGGUAUCAAUAUGGGAAUGGGCUUCCGUUCCAUCUCUACAUCCACUAAGUUCAUCAAUGGCAAGCGCAUCACUACCAAAAGGAUUGUUGAAAAUGGGCAGGAGAGGGUGGAAGUGGAAGAAAAUGGGGAGCUGAAAACUGUUCACAUUAAUGGUGUACCAGAUGACCUGGCACUAGGCUUGGAGCUGAGUCGGCGAGAGCAGCAGCAAGCCCUCCAGAACCGCAAGUCUUCAUGUCCUCCUCAGCAGACACCAGUUCAACCCCCGCCUCCCAAGCGACCGCCUCCCAGUUCAUCCCCUGUGAUCUUAUAUACAGACAGUGAUGAGGAUGAUGAGGACCUGCAGCUGGCUAUGGCCUACAGCCUGUCUGAGAUGGAGGCCAAGGGCCAGCACAGAGCAGACCCUGACGGACAGGCAUAUUCUGUCUGACGCUCCUCCAUGCUGCCUCCCUGCAGGUGUGUUCUGAGUCUGGAAGAGCCGUGGGGAUUGCCUCUCUAGCAUUCGUGCUCACAGAAAGCAACUCAAGCCUGGACUUCGCUUUCUGUUCCCUCCCUGAGCCCUGCCCUGGGGAUUGGCAGGCUCCAAGUGUAUGACUUCCACUCCAUUAGUCCUCUGCUGUGGGUCACUUAGUACCCAGUGGGCCAGGUCAAGCACAACCUUCUGUCUGUGCCUGUAGCUAAGCUGCUGCUCCUGAAUUAACACUGCUAAAGGCUUCCUCCAGGCCGAGAGAUCCAAGGCCUCUCAAACCUGCAGGCCACCUUUGCCACUCUCCUCUUCCCCUCCAACAGAGGAGCCUGGGGCAAGGCUGAAGAACAAGACCCUGCCUAGAAGGCUGGAUGAAUGUGAAGCAUUCAUUGUGGGGUGGGGGGAGAUGAGAGUAAUGGGCACAAAAGGGGAGGCCCCACCCAAGUAAGGAUGCAUGCUUGUCAAUCUUCAGUGUCCUCUUUGGCUCUGGGAGGGAUUCAUUGUGUGCAGUGCUGAACUGUUCAUGUUUCUACAGGUGUGGGGCUGGGGUGUUAAGAGACAGAUGAGGCUCCCGUCCUGGGUAUGGAAGGCCUUAUGCUCCUAAAGCCAAGGGCUAUGAAGCAGCCUUUCCCUCCAAGCAGCAGGGGAUUUUUCUAAGUAGGUGCUGCAAAGUGAGAGCAACAACAGCAAUUGUCUCUUCCUGCAGAACGACAGCCACAGACCUGUCCUUUCUCCCUUUGGACAAUAACCCUUGAAAGUAACAGGGUUCCAUUAAUACAACCCUGCUCUACACCUGUAAUUUUGGGGUGGGGAGAAAAGGGAGGGAACUGAUCUCUUUUGUAACUGAAGUGCUUGCCUGUUGUAGAAUGGAAGAUGUUGUUAAUAAACUUCUUUACAUUUAA